AGUACGAAAGUCACGAUGUCGAAGAUUUCUCUGUUUAUUGCUUUUAUUUGCCUUAUCGUUAUUGUUCAGGCACAAAACGAUAGAGAAAUUUGUCGGCGAAUUGUUGCCAGAUGCGAGUCAAGGGUUUUGAGAAAUGGAAGAAACAACGAUAUUUCGAAUAUUUUCAAUGAGAACUGUCGGCGAACCCAUAGAAAUUGGCGCGAAAUCUCCCGAUGCGAACUCGCAAAAGCCAAUUGCAUAUUGACCCUUGAACGAUGUGAUACCGUGUCCUGCGAGAAUGUCCGGCGAGUCCUUGCCCAAUAAAAUUCCGGGACCAGAUUCGGAUGACAUGUAAAAAACAAAAAAAAUGUAAUUCUGCAAUUAAAAAUAAAUACUUCGAUGCUCUCUACUAAAA